GAAGCAUUCAUUCAUUGAUUGAGACUUCAGACAAGAAAUUGUAAUAAAAGUGGUUUUGCUCUCAAUUUAACGAUUCAAGUGUUUGUCACUAAUAAUUGUCAUCUCAUAUCAUAUAAACAUUUCAAAUCUGUUUCGCUAACCGUUGUCUUACGACGAGUUUUAACACUUUUUAUAAUCAAUUUUAUUAGUAAUCUAUUUGUCUCUCAUUUACACAUCAUUUUCAUUUGAAAAGCAAACCAAAUAUAGCGAUGUCUGAAGGACUGGUGUCUAGCCAUCAGGCCUACCAAUGCGUCAAUGUUUACGCCACUUCUGCCACAUCUGAGAACCUGAGUCGACAUGAAAUGUUGAAUUGGGUUAACGAUUGCCUCGAAUCCAGUUAUAAGAAGAUCGAAGAGCUUUCUUCCGGUGCCGCUUAUUGCAAUUUUAUGGAUAUGUUAUUUCCCGGAUCUAUAAUCUUAAAGAAAGUGAAGUUCAGAACCAAUUUAGAGCACGAAUACAUCCAAAACUUCAAACUACUUCAGGCGGCCUUCAAGAAAGUCGGGUGCGAUAAGGAAGUGGCGAUCAACCGUCUGGUGAAGGCUCGCUUUCAGGACAACUUCGAGUUCCUUCAGUGGUUCAAAAAGUUCUUUGACUCCAAUUAUGACGGCAGAGAAUACAACGCAAUGGAGGCCAGGGGUGCCGUCACUAUUGGCGUGGGUGCCGGUGGACCCAUUGGCACUGGUUCUGGAAGUACACUCAACUCACGAAUGCCGGCCCAGAGGAAUGUGGCGCCAACUACCAGACCUGUUGGCAGAGCCGCCCCCACUAAUAGAGUGGCGCCCCUGAAGGCCGGCGCCGCCAAUCGGCGCAUCCAAUCAAACAAUUCUCACGGCGUAGACCAUACGGACAACUCAAUGGAUUUGCAAAAGUUAGAGGAAUUGGACUCAAGAAUGAGUGAAAUGAAGCUCACAAUCGACAGCUUAGAGCGCGAGAGAGACUUCUAUUACGGAAAGUUACGCGAAAUCGAAGUCUUGUGUCAGAACAACGACCCCAACGAUGACAAGAAUCUCGUCACUGAUAAGAUUCUGGAGAUUCUGUACGCCACUGAAGAGGGGUUCGCCGUUCCGGACGAGAGUCCAGACGAGAACCAAAUACUUAACGACACGACGAAUGAAGAAUAUUAGACUCACUUGUCGUCCGCUCUAUAAAUAAUUUCUUUCUAUUUUAUUAAUCCGUAAACUCAUAAACGGUUCGGUCUUUUAGGUUUUGAUCAGUUUAUUAAUAAUAGCUUUUAAUCUUUUCUUUUUUAUCACAAUUUAUAAAAUGAGUUAUAAAAACAAUUCGCAAUCAAUCGUUGCUUUCUAUCAUUAAAACACUUGAGAUAUAUAAAUAUCUUAUAAAAACAAAAACACAAAUUAAUUGUUAAUUAUUUAUAAUAAUGUUUAAUCCGAUAACAAAGUGCAGAAAACAUGGAUUUGACGGUUUGCUCGCAAAACUCAAUCCGAAUAAUAAACGGAUGGAGUGUUCGUCGGAUCAGUUGAAUGGCUUCUGGCUGCCGGUGCUGUUGGCACAGACUGUAGGCCAUGAAUACACCGCAUUUGGCUACUAUGUUGGGGUCACCGGUAAUACUGGCCAACAGUAGCUGUGAUUUGGAUAUCUGUCCCGCUUUUAUAGCCUUUAUUACCAAUAUUUAUGUAACAAAUUAUUUAAUUGAAUAAAACAUAUUUCAAACAUUCAAUGAUUAAUACUAA